AUGUCAUCCACAACAACCCGGCCAACCCGGCCAGAAAACAUGACAAUCUGCUCCUCCUCCUCCUCCCAGCACAACCAAGAAGACCCAUCACCUCAGGACAUCAAAUGGUUCCCCUGCCCUUCCCCAAAGACGCCCCAAUUCUCCGUUUUCUUCAGCACCAACCCAAUGCCCCAUUUCCCAUACAUAUCGGCGGGUCGCUGGCCAAGGUCGUCUACUUCACCCGUGCCGCCAACCACAAGGAAAACCCGCCCAAGUAAGCUGGCAGAGCAGAGCCUCCCCCAAAAGCUGAUCUCGACGGAGGAGAAACUGGGCACCCGGGAGCGGCCGGCUGGCAAGCAGUGCUCUUGCUCCCCUUCCCCCCAUUCCACCGGCCUCAAGCCACGCAACCUGCCCCACUCCUCCACCUGA